UUCACCAACAUAUUACGCCUUUUGUCCUUCUUUUUCUUCCUUUUGAUCACAGCCUCCCAAAAAAUACAACCCAAUCCAUCUCAUUUCUCUCUAACCAAACAGAAAAUCCCAUCACAGAGUCUCUCCCAAUGCAAGGCACCAGAAACCCGAAAGUAGAGUGAAAGAGAAAGAAGAACUUUCUCAAUCAGCGUUGAAAAAUCCAAUCACAAAAGGAAGCGUAACAGAGACAGCCAUUCAUGGGCUGCUCUGCUUCAAGACCCAAUACUCUCCUCCACCACGAUAACCUAGAAGAAAACCCAUCUUCUUCUUUAUCUCUAGAUUCUGCAUUUUCUUCACCACUCCCUAGAGCUCUCUCUCUUCCUACUCCUCUGGUUCACCACCCAGCUUUGAAGAAAGGGGACACCCACCACCUUGUUUCUCUCACCUCCACCACCUAUGGCUCUCUCCUCCUCAUUGACCCCAUUAAACCCAAUUUGAACUGCCAGGAUCUCCGUAACAAGGCAGAAAACUCGACUAUCCCAGACCCUCCAGUUGAGUCAUUCUCCCCUGACUCGGUCAUCAACACCUGGGAGCUGAUGGACGGCCUUGAUGACGAACUUGAUCUCGAAAUGGGUCCAUCUGUAAAUCCCAUUUCGUUCAAACAUGACCGUCAAAUCGAGUCUCCCGCGAAACCCAUUUCAAUUUCUGCUAAUGUCAAUGUUUCUGAAGAUAGAAAGCCCUUGUGGAAGCAUUUAUCAGAGGAAUCGCUGCUAUCAAAGUUAGACCCAAAUGUGGUUUCCAGUUACAGGCGUGCAUUGUCAUCUAGGCAACUGGGUUAUACCAACAGCCCUCUCAAAAGCAUAAAAUCCAUGGAGUCUAGUCCCAUAUGCAGUCUAUCAACAGUCAGUAGUUUAUAUCAUCUACCAGCAACAGAGAACAAGAUUGUGGUUUAUUUUACUAGUUUGAGAGGAAUUCGAAAGACUUACGAAGACUGUUGUGCAGUUAGAAUGAUAUUCAGGGGUUUCCGGGUUCCGGUCGAAGAGAGGGAUAUUUCUAUGGAUUCCAUGUACAGAAAAGAGUUGCAGAGUGCAGUUAAGGGGAAAGCAGUCAGUUUGCCCCAAGUGUUUAUCAGGGGAAAGUACGUUGGGGGUGUGGAGGAGAUCAGGCAGCUCAAUGAGAUUGGUGAAUUGACAAAGCUUUUGGAGGGAUUUCCUGUAAGGGAUCCUAGGUUUGUUUGUGAGAGCUGUGGGGAUGCGAGGUUCUUGCCAUGCCAAAGCUGUAAUGGCAGUAGAAAGGUGUUUGAGGAAGAUGAGGGGAAGUUGAGAAGGUGUUUGGAUUGUAAUGAGAAUGGUUUGAUUCGUUGCCCUGGUUGCUGCUACUAAUGAGAAUAGCUAGGCCAACCCGCUCUACGCUGCUGGGGGUAAGUAAGGCCGGUUCGAAGUCUGUGUGGAAAAUAAUGUUGAAACUGGUGGGUGUAGGAGUUGAACUUGUGACUACCGCAAUAUCAGUGUUUGUUUCCUUUUGUAAAAGUUAUUGUGUUUUAGCUUCUUGAUAUUGAAUUGAAUGGCCAUUGCCUCCAUGCUCUGAGGUCAGGCUGGCCGUAAUGUGUACCUUAUCUGGUCGUCAAUUG